UUUUCCGCGCCGCGUCGCACGCCGGGUUCUAGCUUGAGCGCUGUGUCACCGUCGUGCGUUUCCGUCUUCUUUUUCGCCUCCCGCCUUAAGAUUUUCCCGUCCGUCGGGCCCUGAUGGAGUAUCUUAUUGGCAUUCAGGGACCGGACUUCGUCCUGGUGGCUGCGGACACCAUCGCAGCCUCUAGCAUCGUCCAUAUGAAGCGCGAUCAUGACAAGAUGUUCAAGAUGAGUGAGAAAAUCUUGCUCCUAUGUGUUGGGGAGGCUGGUGACACUGUCCAGUUUGCAGAAUACAUCCAGAAAAAUGUCCAGCUCUACAAGAUGAGGAAUGGGUAUGAGUUGUCUCCAACUGCAGCUGCCAACUUCACGCGUCGGAAUCUGGCUGAUUAUCUGCGGAGCAGGACCCCUUAUCACGUCAACCUCCUCCUGGCAGGCUACGAUGAGCAAGACGGGCCUGCCCUCUACUACAUGGAUUACCUCGCCUCUUUGGCCAAAGCUCCCUUUGCAGCCCAUGGUUAUGGAGCCUUCCUAACGCUCAGCAUCCUUGACCGCUACUACAAACCAAGUAAGUCCCAAGCUGAGGCCAUAGAGAUUCUCAAGAAAUGUCUCGAGGAGCUCCAGAAGCGCUUCAUUCUGAACUUGCCUUCUUUCAAUGCCCGCUUUAUUGAUAAAGACGGCAUCCACGAUGUGGACAACAUACCGCUCCUGAAAGCAGCAGCCUGAAUAUCCCAACCAACUGCCCUCUUUCUGCCUCGGUUUGGCUUUUUUGUACUUCGUUUGAAAUCCAGCGACCCCCGACUGCACUUUGCAAAUGCAAAUAAUAAAGAUUGACUCUUAUUCU